AUGCCGUCGCGGGAACUGCAAUUUAUUAUCACAGCCCCUGAAGCAGCCACAUCAACCACGUCACAGCAGAGAGUCGCUCGAUCGCACGCCGCGCGCUCCGCACACGCCCGGGCGCGGCGCCUCCGGACUUCACAAUAUCAGGCCCAGAAGAAGCGCGAAUGGCUGAAUGACGUAAAUUGCAGGUUAAAUAGGCCGACUAAUAUCGUUACUGCACUUCCGGCUUCCCGGAAAGACCCAUUUACUAGCUUCGCAAGGCUCUUGCAGCCAUUGGAGCAAAUGCUAUUUGAUCACUGUAUGUUUGACCGAAACACGAACUUUGCUACAGUGAUAACAAUCCCCAAAGAUGUAACAGCUAUAAUUCCUCUAAUGCGCUGCACCGAGCUCGCAAUCGACUUCUCUCAGCGGAUGACAGGUGUAUGGAUACCGCUUGCGCUGACGGAAGCAAGUCUACUGGAUAUAUUGUUUCUUGCGUCAUGUCGGAGUUUAUCAGCGAGCUAUCAUCACCCAAAACAAGAACAACAAAAACAAUUGUUCACGCGGUUGGGCUUCCAAUAUAAGCUCAAAAGCCUGCAGUCAUUGAGAGGCGAAAUCUCAGCGGAGACACCGGUCUAUAGUGACUCGACUGUUGCAAAAGCGAUAAUGCUAGCCUAUGACGAGUUAUUUAUUCAUAAUGAAACAAUGUUGAAACGUCAUGUCGACGGUGCUGUUAAGAUGGUUGGCCUUAACGGCGGCCCCCAAACGCUCGGUUUAGAUGGUCUGCUCGAGCACCUUCUUUCUAAUCUACUGGCUAAGGUGGUAGGUCACGCUGGCGUCCAAGUUAACAUACCCUGGGAUAAUCAAGUCACUUCAAAAUUGGAGCCUUAG